AUGCCGUUAUCAAAGUCUUUAUCAAAGAUACAAAAAAAUUUCAAAUCUGGUGGUAAGAAACCCAUGGUACAUCCAAGAGGCCGUAAAUUCCAGCAGCUUAAUAGAGGAACUUUGCGUGAGAAUAAAAUAGCGGCCAAGAAGAAAGCUUACAAUGAACGGAGGUCAAACGAGCUAGCGAGGGUCAAGUUUAUCCAAGAUGUGAUCAAUCUGGACUCAUUCAAAGAUCAGAAAACUUUCGACCAUCGUGAAUCUGCUGUGUUCAUACAACAGUUCAUCUCCCGUGAUGAUCCAGAGUUAGAGGAAUUCAAGAAGAAAAGAAGAGAUAACAGGCCGCCUUCCAAUAAACAGUUGAUCUUACAGCAGAAGAGAGAUUCGGAGAUGGAAGAGUUUAAGAAAGGUUUCUUAUGCCCUGAUUUAACGGAUGAGAAAAACGUCAAAUUUCUGAGAAAUUGGAAUCAAUCUUUUGGCAUGAUGAGUACGCUUAAAAUGGUUAGAAUAAACACUGACGGUGAGCAGGUCGUUGGUGGGAAUGCUAAGCCAGCUACCGACAAUAAAGAUGUGGACAUGCAAUAA